AAGCGAAAUCUAAAUGUUUUUAAAAAUCUUUUAGUUAAGAAUUUAUUUCAAAGAAUAUAAUGGCUCCAAUAAAAACUUAUAAACCUGGAAAGAAUAAGUCUGUCGUUAAAGACAAUCCUAUUUCAAAUAGGAAAAAUACAAUAAAAAUUAAAGAUUUAAAAAUUACAGAAUCAAUAGAACGGGCUAUUUUAUCAUGCGAUUCAUUGCAUGUUUCCACUGAGGACACUUUUGAUAAGCUCCUAAGAUCAUACAGAGAGAAGCAAUCUGAAGACCCCACUAAUAAGUAUGAAAAAAGUGUUUCGAAUAAUGAAAUAUGUGAGGUUAUGUCGAACAGUGAAUUAAAUAAGAAACCAAAUUUAAUUUAUAUAAGUACCCCAAACGUUUUCAAUCGUAAUGAAGUAGUUGAUAAUAGUAUAAGCAGUAGUAUUUUAUCACCCAUAAGUUCAAAACCAUUCCUAAAACCGAGGUAUACAAGACAUGGAGUUAAGGAACAAUUCCAGCAAUUUGAAAACAUUAAAUGUAAAAAAUUUGAUUCUCAAUCGAUUAUUGUAAUAGAUGAUAGUGAGAUAUCUGGUGUUAUCUCAAAAGAACUUCAAAAUGAUUCUGAAAAAUGUUCUGUUAAUUUGAGUCAAAUGGAUGUUGAGAAGUCAAAAUCUGAAUAUACAUUAUCAAAAGAUGUAUUUUCUAGUGAUGUAAUAAGAAAUGAAUCAACACAAGAAAAUAUGAGUUUAGAUAAACCAAAAAUUGUUCAAUCAGCCUCUAAUUCAUUAUUAAUUGAUUUGUCUUCAACAAAUGAGUCAAUUUCAACUAGAAGUAAGUCAAAAAAUGCUAUAUCAACAAGAAAAUCUGAACCAACACAUUUAUAUUUCUUAAGAUCUUCAAGUAAAUCAUCACAUAUAGCAUCUUCUAAUUCAAGAUCAAAUUCAAACAAAUCUUCUCAAGAUUCAUCAAGAUCUGUUUCACCACAUUCAUAUUUUUUAAGAUCUAAAUCACCAAGUAAUUUUAAUGAAUCAGAAAAAUCUUCAAGUAACUUAAUGACAUCUCAAAAUUCAUCAAACUCAUCCAAUAAAUAUUUACAAUUAAAUACAAAUUCUGUGGAAUCAACAUCAUCCUCAACAAAUCCUUCAAAAACUAUCAAUGAGACUGAUAACAUGUUAAGAAAUAAAAAAGAACCAGUUGUUAAUUUGACUCAAAAUGACUUUGAGAAGAUGUUGUCCUUAAUAGAAUUAACAAAAGCGAAAUCGAAUUCAAAGAAAUUAAGUUCUAAAGCUUCAUCAUCUAAAUCAACAUCACCUUCUCCAAUAAAUUCUGUAGCAUUGUGUGAUGAAAAGGAUGAAGAAUCAAAUAAAAUUGGUAAAGAUUGUAGUUUAUUUGAUGCAAAUAUGAAGGAAGCGAUUGUUAAUUUGACAUUGUUGGAUGAAAAACCGUUGAUUUUGAAGCCAGGAAAGCAGUGGAGACGAUCUCUGGUGAAUCAAACGAGAGGUGCGAAUCAACGUCGUCGAUUAGCGAAUUUUACGAUUAUCAAUGAGGGUUUGGAUGAAUCUUUGCAAGUUAUAACAAUCAGCCCCGAGAGCUCGAUUCGUGUCGAAGACCAAGAGGACUUCGAGGCGGUAUUUCAACGAACGGUAAAUUUACAAGACGACGACACCAAGGGCAGUUUUAACCGAAACGCCGAAGAACUUGGUAAAGAAAAAGGUUUUAAAUUUGGACAAGAAAGGCAAAGCUUUAUUGGAUACAGGAAAGAUUUAAGUGCGAAAGAGAUCGUCUUGAAAAAGUGCGAACAAAACGAGGUUUUAGAUUUUCAAGAAUGUUAUCCAGAAAGUUCAUUAAAGAAUUGUCACAAGAUUGCAGAAGGUCUCUAUGGGGAAGUUUUUCUCCUCAAAAAAUCACCGAAAGAAGUUUCGGUAUUAAAAGUAAUCCCAAUCGAGGGCUCAUACCUCGUUAAUGGAGAGCCACAAAAGAAAUUUGCGGAAGUCCUAUCGGAACUAACAAUUCAAUCCGAACUGUCAUCGUUACGAGAUGACGAGAAAAACCAAACGGAAACGUUUUCUCGGUUAAAGAAAAUCUCUUGCGUUCGAGGCCAAUACCCACCACGUCUAAUCGAACUUUGGGAACUAUUCCAAGAAACAUACGGCACUGAAAAUGACCACCCAAACAUUUUUGAAAAGAAUCAGAUAUUUAUCGUCUUGGAACUAGAAAAUGCUGGUCGUGAUUUAGAAAGUUUUGUGUUCUACAAUGCCAAACAGUCUUGGUCUGUUUUUAAACAGAUUGUUUGUGGUUUGGCGGUGGCAGAGAAUUCUCUAGAAUUUGAGCAUAGAGAUCUACAUUGGGGAAACGUGUUGAUAUCCUUCAAAGAGCCAAAAGGCUGUGAAAGAUAUCUAUAUAAUGGUGAUGAAAUAUUGGUGGAAAAUAAAGGCGUUAAAGCAACUAUAAUUGACUAUACUAUGUCAAGAAUUAAAAAAAAUGGAAUUUGUAUGUUUAAUGAUUUAAAGUGUGAUUUAGAUUUGUUUAAAGGAGAAGGAGAUUAUCAAUUUGAAAUUUAUAGGUUAAUGAAGAAGUCAAACGGAGAUAAUUGGGAGAUGUUUGACUCAUACUCCAACGUGUUAUGGUUACACUACAUUUUAGGAAAACUGAUAAAAGGAGUGCAUUAUAGAAGUGAAAAGACGAGGGUGCAUUUUAAUGGAAUUAAUGCAAUGAAAGAAUUGCAUAAAGUACUACUGAACUAUAAAAAUGUUAAAGAGUUAGUUAAUGAUGUAAUAAAGUUUUAAAAUGUUUGUAAUACAAGAUUUUUAUAGAAUAAAGUUAUUAUACAUUUGUUGCCUUUGAUCUUCAUUAAACUUAU